GCAUCGGCCCGGUUCGUGGCAGUCGCCGCCGUCUGCCUCCUCGUCGUGGUCGGCACGUACUACGUGCUGUGGUCGCCGGCCGACGCCGACGGCCAGACGGAGCAGCGGUUCUUCGGCAUGUGGCGUCGUCGAUCAGCGGUGCGCGCCUACGGCGGCGAUGAUCUGGAGGCGGCGCUGCGCGGCGCGGCGGACGCGAACAGGACGCUGAUCCUGAGCGUGCUGAACAAGGCGUACGCCGAGGAGGAUGGCCUGCUCGACCUUUUCGUGCGGAGCCUGAGGGAAGGGGAGGGAACCGCGCAGCUCGUCAGCCACGUCCUCCUCGUGGCAAUGGACCGGCCAGCAUACCGCCGGUGCGUGAGCCUCGGCGGCGUCCGGUGUUAUCGGCUCCCGGCGGCGUCGAGGAACGGCACCCAAGACUUGUCGUCGGAGCAACUCUACAUGUCCGACGGGUUCAUACGCAUGAUGUGGCGGCGCAUUCGCCUCCUCGGCGACGUUCUCAAGCACGGCUACAGCUUCAUAUUCACGGAUUUGGAUGUGAUGUGGCUGAGGAACCCCUUCCCGAGUCUCAAGUACCGCACCGGGGAGGAAGACCUCCUGAUCAGCUGCGACAAGUUCAACGGACGGCCGCAGGACUACCUCAGCAACGAGCUCAACACCGGCUUCUUCUUCGUGGCCGCCUACAACCGGACGGCGGCGCUGUUCGACGAGUGGCACGCGGCCCGCGGCGAGUCGGCGGGCAUGAAGGAGCAGGACGUGCUGAACCGGAUGAAGCGGCGUCACACGUUCCGGCGGCUCGGCGUGACGGUGCGCGUGCUGGACACGGCGCGCUUCAGCGGGUUUUGCCAGGACAGCCGGGACGCCCGGCAGGUGGCCACCGUGCACGCCAACUGCUGCCGGACGAUGCGGGCCAAGAUCGCUGACCUGAGGGCCGUCCUCAGGGCCGCUAGGCGACUCAACGGGACGGCACGGCUGAGGUGGCCGCCGCACUCGGAGUGCGCUAAAUCGUGGAGAUGACACGACUGGUUGAGAGAAGUAGAAGUACGUGCAUAUAAUUUACUAACUCUACUACUAGAUGGUCACCCUUUGACAAUGUGUGCGGCAGGAGGAUGAUCAACCAUAGCUUUUACGAUAUUUUCGAGACAUUGCAUAUUGCACUCGUGAAC